AUGCUCUUCUGUCCCUCUCAAGCAGUUUCAAGUGUUUUAUGGUAUUUCUUGAUGUACAUGUGGAUUAUCCGUUCGGUACAUUCGAUCCCAAAUGAUCUAGGAUUUGGAAAAUGGAGAAAACCUCAACUAACAUGGACUAUAUAUCGUUAUCCUGACGCUCGGAAACAUCCAAAGAUGUCAUCAAAAGCUUUCGAGCGUUAUGUGCAUGACAGUAUGACCAAAGCUCUCAAGAUCUGGUCCAAGGCUGUACCCAUUCAAUUUCUAAAGGAUGAAAGCAAGAGUGCUCAAAUCAAAGUUUUUUUCUAUUCGUUAGCUCAUAAAGAUAGGUAUCCGUUUGAUGGCACCGGAGGUGAACUAGCUCACACUUUCUAUCCAGACGAGCAAAAGAAAGGGGAAAUUCAUAUAGAUGAUGAUGAACCAUGGUCACCUGAUGGAGGUAGAAAUCUAGAAUGGACUUUAGCUCACGAACUCGGACAUGCUCUUGGCAUUCCUCAUCUUUCUGCACCUUCUCUAAUGCAAGAAGGCUAUCGAGGAUAUCUGAACAGUCCAAGACUUACACCUAUUGACAUCGAAGCAGCUAAAAUGCUUUAUAAUUUAAAUUAA